GGAGCAAGAUGGCCGCCACUAAGCGAGUUCUCUAUGUGGGUGGCCUUGCAGAGGAGGUGGAUGAGAAGGUCCUUCACGCCGCUUUUAUUCCUUUUGGAGACAUCACAGACAUUCAGAUACCACUGGAUUAUGAAACAGAAAAGCACCGAGGAUUUGCAUUUGUUGAAUUUGAGUUGGCAGAGGAUGCAGCAGCAGCAAUUGAUAACAUGAAUGAGUCUGAGCUGUUUGGAAGGACAAUUCGGGUCAAUUUGGCUAAACCAAUGAAAAUUAAAGAAGGCUCUUCUAGACCAGUGUGGUCAGAUGAUGAGUGGUUGAAGAAAUUUUCUGGGAAGACACUUGAGGAGAAUAAAGAAGAAGGGGCAUCAGAGCCUCCCAAGUCGGAAGCCCAGGAGGGAGAGCCCCCAGCCAAAAAGGCUAGAGCAAAUCCUCAGGUGUACAUGGAUAUCAAGAUUGGAAAUAAGCCUGCCGGACGAAUCCAAAUGCUUCUGCGCUCUGAUAUUGUUCCCAUGACAGUAGAGAAUUUCCGUUGUCUGUGUACCCACGAAAAGGGCUUUGGCUUCAAGGGAAGCAGUUUCCACCGUAUCAUCCCCCAGUUCAUGUGUCAGGCUGGGGAUUUCACCAACCACAAUGGCACUGGGGGCAAAUCUAUCUAUGGGAAAAAGUUUGAUGAUGAGAACUUCAUUCUGAAACAUACAGGACCAGGGCUGCUCUCCAUGGCAAAUUCUGGUCCAAAUACCAAUGGCUCCCAGUUCUUUAUUACUUGCGACAAGACAGACUGGCUGGAUGGGAAACACGUGGUCUUUGGCGAAGUCACUGAAGGCAUGGAUGUGGUACAGAAGAUUGAGGCUCAAGGCAGCAAAGACGGGAAGCCCAAACAGAAAGUGAUCAUCUCUGACUGCGGAGAGUACGUGUGAGGCCUCCCUUCCUUCUCUUCCUGGACCUGAGCCGAUGACGUGGAAGUGAGCCGGAAGGAGCCUGGGGAUGCCCAGGCCGGAAGUGGCUCAGCCAGCCUGGGAAGGUGGCCCGAAGCUCGGCAGCCUCCCGGGCUUUCUUGUGGGCACUUUAGCACCGCGGGGCUGUGGAAACCGAGAAACCUUGGGGAGAGCAAGGAGAGAAGAUGGCAGAUGGGCUUAGUGACCAUCCUGGCAUCGGGAGCCUCUCGCUUUGGGCCUUUUCUAGUUCUGCAAGGAUGGUUUUGGGGUCAUCUUUAUUUUGUAAAAAUAAAUUCUAAUUUUUCUA